AUGGAAAAUACAUUCACAUUUCAGUCGGAAGAACUGAAUAAGUCAGUCCUCCCUUUACUGAUAAAUUUUACUUUCUUCGAACUAUUACAAUACCCACUCAUUUAUCUUGCAGUGGAAACCUACAAUGGCACAAAUCUACAGUUCUGGAGACUAGAUAGGAAACAGAUGGGAGCUUAUCUAUGCAUCGCCAGCAACGAUAUCCCUCCAGCAGUCAGUAAAAGGAUAUCCCUCAGCGUCAACUUUGCUCCUGUUAUAAAGGUGCCCAAUCAACUUCUUGGAGCACCAGUAAGUACAGAUGUUCAACUAGAAUGCUAUGUGGAAGCAUAUCCAAAUACGAUAAACUAUUGGAUCAAAAAUAGAGGCGAAAUGCUUUUGAAUGGACUAGACAGUAGACUAGACACUAGAGUGGACACUAGACUAGACACUAGACUAGACAAUAGACUAGACACUAGACUAGACACUAGACUAGACCCUAGACUAGACACUAGACUAGACACUAGACUAGACACUAGACUAGACACUAGACUAGACACUAGACUAGACACUAGACUAGACACUAGACUAGACACUAGACUAGACACUAGACUAGACACUAGACUAUACACUAGACUAGACACUAGACUAGACACUAGACUAGACACUAGACUAGACACUAGACUAGACACUAGACUAGACACUAGACUAGACACUAGACUAGACACUAGGCUAGACCCUAGACUAGACCCUAGACUAGACCCUAGACUAGACACUAGACUAGACACUAGACUAGACACUAGACUAGACACUAGACUAGACACUAGACUAGACACUAGACUAGACACUAGACUAGACACUAGACUAGACACUAGACUAGACACUAGACUAGACACUAGACUAGACACUAGACUAGACACUAGACUAGACACUAGACUAGACACUAGACUAGACACUAGACUAGACACUAGACUAGACACUAGACUAGACACUAGACUAGACACUAGACUAGACACUAGACUAGACACUAGACUAGACACUAGACUAGACACUAGACUAGACACUAGACUAGACACUAGACUAGACACUAGACUAGACACUAGACUAGACACUAGACUAGACACUAGACUAGACACUAGACUAGACACUAGACUAGACACUAGACUAGACACUAGACUAGACACUAGACUAGACACUAGACUAGACACUAGACUAGACACUAGACUAGACACUAGACUAGACACUAGACUAGACACUAGACUAGACACUAGACUAGACACUAGACUAGACACUAGACUAGACACUAGACUAGACACUAGACUAGACACUAGACUAGACACUAGACUAGACACUAGACUAGACACUAGACUAGACACUAGACUAGACACUAGACUAGACACUAGACUAGACACUAGACUAGACACUAGACUAGACACUAGACUAGACACUAGACUAGACACUAGACUAGACACUAGACUAGACACUAGACUAGACACUAGACUAGACACUAGACUAGACACUAGACUAGACACUAGACUAGACACUAGACUAGACACUAGACUAGACACUAGACUAGACACUAGACUAGACACUAGACUAGACACUAGACUAGACACUAGACUAGACACUAGACUAGACACUAGACUAGACACUAGACUAGACACUAGACUAGACACUAGACUAGACACUAGACUAGACACUAGACUAGACACUAGACUAGACACUAGACUAGACACUAGACUAGACACUAGACUAGACACUAGACUAGACACUAGACUAGACACUAGACUAGACACUAGACUAGACACUAGACUAGACACUAGACUAGACACUAGACUAGACACUAGACUAGACACUAGACUAGACACUAGACUAGACACUAGACUAGACACUAGACUAGACACUAGACUAGACACUAGACUAGACACUAGACUAGACACUAGACUAGACACUAGACUAGACACUAGACUAGACACUAGACUAGACACUAGACUAGACACUAGACUAGACACUAGACUAGACACUAGACUAGACACUAGACUAGACACUAGACUAGACACUAGACUAGACACUAGACUAGACACUAGACUAGACACUAGACUAGACACUAGACUAGACACUAGACUAGACACUAGACUAGACACUAGACUAGACACUAGACUAGACACUAGACUAGACACUAGACUAGACACUAGACUAGACACUAGACUAGACACUAGACUAGACACUAGACUAGACACUAGACUAGACACUAGACUAGACACUAGACUAGACACUAGACUAGACACUAGACUAGACACUAGACUAGAUACUAGACUAGACACUAGACUAGACACUAGACUAGACACUAGACUAGACACUAGACUAGACACUGGACUAGACACUGGACUAGACACUGGACUAGACACUGGACUAGACACUAGACUGGACACUAGACCAGACACUAGAGUAUACAAUAGACUGGACACUAGAUUAUAG